UUAAUAUUUCGCCACGUGUUCAUCUCACCGCAUAAGAUGAUAGCACGACGUAGUUAAAAGAACUUUACAGUAUAAGUUAGAAGCAUCUUAUUGUUUCUACUAGGGUGUUCAUAGGAUUCAUCACUCUACUAGACCAGUAAUAACUCUCUCGCAAUCUGAACAUGGCGGAAGCUAGUGCACCAGCUGUCCCAAGUACUGAGUUGUUGGAGUGGCCAAAGAAAGAUAAGCGCAGGAUUUUGCAUGCUGUAUAUCGUGUUGGUGACCUUGAACGCACCAUCAAGUUUUACACGGAAUGUUUUGGGAUGAAAGUUUUGAGGAAGAGAGAUGUUCCAGAGGAGAAGUACUCGAAUGCUUUUCUUGGUUUUGGCCCUGAAGAGUCUCAAUUUGUGGUGGAGUUGACAUACAAUUACGGAGUUGAUAAGUAUGACAUUGGAACCGGCUUUGGGCAUUUUGCUAUUGCGACACCAGAUGUUUACAAACUGGUUGAGGAGAUAAAGGCUAAGGGUGGAACUGUCACAAGGGAGCCUGGUCCUGUCAAGGGUGGAUCUAGUGUUAUUGCUUUUGUCAAAGAUCCUGAUGGCUACCUAUUUGAAAUCCUCCAGCGAGAGUCUACUCCUGAACCACUUUGCCAAGUGAUGCUUCGUGUGGGUGAUCUUGAACGCUCUAUCAAAUUCUAUGAAAAGGCACUUGGGAUGCAAGUGGUGAAGAAAGUUGAUAGACCAGAGCAGAAGUAUACAAUUGCUAUGAUGGGAUAUGCUCCAGAGCAUGAGACAGUUGUUCUUGAGUUGACAUACAACUAUGGUGUGACUGAGUACACAAAAGGAAAUGCUUAUGCGCAGGUCGCAAUAAGCACUGAUGAUGUUUACAAAAGCGCCGAGGUUGUCAAUCUUGUUACCCAAGAGCUUGGAGGAAAGAUAACUAGACAGCCAGGACCAAUUCCUGGACUCAACACUAAGAUAACUUCUUUCCUGGAUCCAGAUGGCUGGAAAACAGUGCUGGUUGACAAUCAGGAUUUUCUGAAGGAGCUAGAAUCGUCUAAGUAACUGGUCAAGAAGAUGCUUGGUUGUAUUUUACUAGAUAUAAAUAAAUAGUCCGUUGUGGUAUUUAUCUUCACAUGCAGACUUUUGCUGAUGUUUGGCACUGUAAUCAACUAUGGUUAAGAACUUUGUUGAGGCAUUCUCGUGUGUUACAAUACGAGUAUGAGAUCUUUGCCUUAUUAUGAGUAUGUACUGGUUCUCUUCACCUUGUAUUUCUAUGAUGUAUGAAAUUAUCCCAUCAGCAA